UAAUUCUUAAUGUCUAAUCAAUAUGUCAUAGUGCCAUAAAAUUACCGAAGUGACAGUAUGGUAAGUAUCUCACCUGCUGACAAACGAUACUUUGAAUAAGCUCAAGCUAAAUAAAAGUCACCUCCUUAAUAAAUGAUGUUUGGAGGAUACUCACCAUCACCAAGUCUUCAAAAAAGUUUGAGUACACAAUUAUCAGAAUAAAGUAUUGAUGAUGUAUAAUAUAUGUUCAAAUUUAUCAGUUUAGUAGGAUGUAAAAAGAUUCAGAUACUGAGUUAGUGGUCCAAUAUAUACUUUAAUUAAGAGAUGCAGAUAAAAGAGAAUAAGCAUUAUCAGAAUUAUCAAAAAAAAGAGAAAGUUUUCCUCAUUUGGCACCACUCUUAUGGCACUCUGUUGGUACCAUAGCUAUAUUGUAAUAUAUUUAAACUUAAAUAUUUAAGUCUAUAAGAAAUAGCAGUUGUAUAUCAACAUUUACAACCAGCCUAACUAACACCAGCUUAAUCAUCUAGAAUCUGUAGUGUUUUGGGAUUACUUCAAUGUCUUGCUCUACAUGUAUAAACAAGAUCUUGUUUCUUAAGAGGUAAUAUUAAAUUUAAAUAUAGCUCAUAUUCCAUUAUUUUUAUAUCCAUUUCUAAACACUAGUAAUAAGAGCAAAGCUUUUGAAAACUUAAGAGUUACAAGUUUGGGUGUGAUAGGUGCUUUGGUGAAAGUAAUAAUAUUUUUUUAAUUUUUAAAGGGUGAUGAUCCAGAGGCAAUUAAUUUUUUAAUGCAAACUGAAAUCAUUCCACUUUGUUUGAGAAUCAUGAAAAAAGGAUAAGAACUUUCUAGAACAGUUGCUACCUUUAUUGUUUAGAAGAUUCUUCUCGAUGACAAUGGUCUUAAUUAUAUCUGUUAAACUCCUGAAAGAUUUUUUGCAGUAAGCUAAGUCUUACAAACCAUGAUAGAUGAUUUACAUUAAUCUUAAAAAGAUGAUUAAAGAUUAUUGAGACAUAUAAUUAGAUGUUAUCUAAGAUUAUCUGAAAACCAAAAGUAAUUAUUUUAUUUUAUUUUAGAGCUGGAGAAGUUCUUAAAAAAUAUUUGCCAUAAGUAUUAAAAGAUCCAACUUAAUCUUUUAUUAAAGAUGAAGUUGUAAAAAAGUGGCAUAAUAAUUUGCUUCAAAAUCUUUCGAUCAAAUGA